CAGGGCAGAGUCAUGCUGACCAUUCAUUUCAUCUUUUCAGAAACUGUUCAAACGUCUCGUCCCUUACCACUGUUUGAAUUACAUCUAUGCCGAACCUGACCAGAAAGAGUGUCUGGAGCGCCUGGCACCCACUCUGCUUCCCAUCCUGGAGCACUGUGAGCAGGUCUCCAGUUGUGUGAUCACCACGUGCCUCGGGGACCACAGCAUGGAGGCAGCAGAGAGAGCCCAAGUGGUGCAGCACUGGAUAGAGGUGGCUCUGGAGUGCCACCUACGAAAAAAUAUCUCCACCUUCUUUGGAAUUGUGUGUGCUCUGCAGAGCAGCCAGCUCCAAGGCCUGAAGAAGACGUGGAGAUUGGUUGGCAGGGAGAGAGUAGCUGUCUAUCAGGAGCUGAGGAGGAUACACUGCCAGGAGCAAGUGUACAGGUUGUAUGAGCCCCGGAAUAAGAUUUGACCCCUG